CCGCAUUUACUUUGCUUCUGUCAUUGCAUUCGGGGUUUAGGAUCACAAGAACCAGAAACGAGGAACGGGACUAAGGAAAACCAAAAACACAAAAAAAACCGAAACAGCUCAAAUAGAAAACUAGUAAAAUUAAAAUACAACGCGGAUAUAUUUUUUUACGUUUAAGUGCAACUACAAAACGAAAAAGCUGAAACAAAAGAAAUAUAAGAUGGAGCAGUAGCAGAGUGCGUAAUAAUUCUAACGUCUAAACAAAUAGUGAUCCCCGAAAUAAAUACUGCAACCAUACAUAUAUAAAAUAGUAACAGCAAGCAAGAACCACCGAAAAACCAAAACAAUAAAAGCAAUAUUAACUCACAAACAACCUAAAGGAGAAUUGAACAUCCUUCACAAUCAAAAAUAAAAGAAAAAGACGGCAUUCAAUAACAAAUAACUCCAAGAACCAGAAACUGAACCAACACUGUUUUAAAUUAACUUCAACAAUCGUUUUCAACAGCAAAAAACAAUAGCUUGAAUUGAAUUAAUUUUGAUUUGAUCAACGUCAUAGUGUCAAAGAAGUUCAACAAGGAUUUUCACAAUAAAUGUUAACGUGUCGCGGUUAAAAUCUGGGUCUGUCCUGAUCUCUCGCGUGUACUUGCCCCAUUUCGCGUUAUCGUACGAGUGCCCCCUUUUUUAAGCAUAUUUGUUCGGUGUUACGUGUUCGUCCUUGCCAACUGUGAGUGUGUCUGUGUGCGAGCGAGGGAGUCCGCUGAUUGUGUAUGCCAUGUCAGGGAAAGAUGGCAUUAUGGCGCUCAUCCGGGCGGCUGCAUAUCUCGACGAGAAGCCCCCGCAGACGGCCAAGAGCCACUUCUCCAUUAUCAACAACAACAGCAGCCAGCAUAAUAGGAAUAACAGUAGUAGCAGUAACGGCAUCAUUGCAACGCCGCCGUACACGAACGGAAACGGCAACGGCAACGGGAGCGUCGGCGUCGGCGUCGGCAUCGGCAUCGGUACCGUGAACGCGAACGCAAGCGUUACCGUCAGUGCGAGCGAGAACGGGAAUGGGCUGAGCAGCGGCAACGGGCACAGCAGCCCGCGUAGUCAAUUAGCUGCGUGGCAUGAUUACGAGUUCAACGCAGUUGGGAGCGCAGUCGCCAACGGGCAAAGAGAAGGUCGCCCUAUUAUAUCGGAGGGUGGUAGUUCCCUGGCGAACGGCGGCAAGAGCCACCCCCUGCAGCAACAGCAACUCACUGCGGCGGGCAGAGCGGCAGCAGCAGCAGCAGCAGCAACAACAACCACGUUGAUGGGGAACUCAGUAGCGAACGGCACCACCUCCCCCACAAACACACACUCAGUUAGCACGCCCCCGCCCGCCCCCUCCGCCUUCAUGCUGCUGGCGACGGCAGCGGCGACCAGCACUGCAACUCCCGCAACAGUGGCAACUGCAACUGCAACUGCAACUGCAACUGCAACUGCAACUGCAACUGCCGCAGCUGCAGCUGAUGCGGCGCCAGAAGCCGCGUCCCAUCCCGCCAAGCACAAGCUGGGUCCCAUCGCGGAGGUGCCGCCCAAGUUUCUGAUCGUGUCGGAAGCCAAGCGGGUCUAUCCCACGUCCACCUCCACCUCCACGCCCACGCCAACGAACCCCGCCCCCAGCGCCUCGCUGCUCCUGGGCCUCAGCCACGAGGCGACGAUCAAUAAGCUGGUGCAGAACCUUCAGAAGCAGCAGCUGCAGCAGCAGCAGCAGCAGCCGCUCCACCAGUUCCGCAGCCUGCGGCCGGCGGACAUUUCCCUGACUCCGCCGCCCACGUCCACGCGGAAGGCGGACAGCAGCAACUCGCGGAUCCGCUCCUACUCACUCUCCAAUACUGUUUCAGCGUCCAGGGAGCAGCAGGAGCAGCAGCACCACCACCACCAGCACCACCACGCCGCGAGCCACCUGAACUUCCAGCAGCACCUGAGCUUCGUGAGGGGCAGCCUGGUCUACGGGGUGCCGACGGAGGCCGUGGACGCCGCCGCCUCCUCCGCUGGCGGAGCGGGAUCGGGAGCGCUGCCGGGGGCCAUGAGCAUCGCCUCCUCGGCGCCGGCCGCGGGCUCCCUGCUGAGCGCCCACCACACGGGACACGGUGGCCGCAGGCGCACCACCAGUUCCAACAGCAACGGAGCGGGCACGCGGGAGGUGCACAACAAGCUGGAGAAGGAGCGGCGCGCCCAGCUGAAGGAGUGCUACGACCUGCUGAAGAAGGAGCUGCCCAUGCGGGACGAGGACCGCAAGAAGACCUCCAACUUGACGAUACUCGAAACGGCCCACAAGUUUGUCAAGCAACUCACGCAGCGCGACCGCGAGCAGGAGGCGGAGGUCGAGCGGCUGGCGAAGCAGAAGAUCGAGCUGCAGAAGCGCCUGAAGCGACUGGGCCUGCGGAGGGAGACGCCGCCCACCGACCAGCAGCAGCAGCAGCAGCAGCAGCAGAGCAUUCCACAGGCCGACAAAGCCGUCUGCCUGGCAACCGCAGCCCCACCAGCCGCACCUGCUGGACCAACUGGACCAGCUGCUCCCCCAACGACCGCCGGUGGUCGCAGCGGAACCACGAUUCUGUUCGACGCAGGCAAUGCAAGCGCAAGCGCAAGCGCCACUGGGCAGCUAACAACUGUGAUAAACAAAACAAACGCCACACCAGCAGCUGCAGGAGCAACCGCGGCCAGCAGCAAGCUCAGCGCGGCCAGCAGCCUCUCGGGAGGAGCCACCACCACGCUGACUCCGGCCAUGGGCAUCAUGACAAUUAGGAACGGCGGCGGCGGCGGCGGCGGCGGCGGUGGAGGCGUUAUGGCAAUCUCACCGACGGCAGCGGCCAUCCAGCAUCAGCUGCACCACAACGGCAGCGGCAGUGGCAGCGGCAGCCCGGCGGGAAGUCCUUCUGCCCCCGGAGCCACCAGCAUCACUCGUGGCUCGCCGACGCCCUCGACUCCGUCGCCGUCGCCCAGCUCAUCGUCCAGCGGCGUCUCCUCGUCGGCCUCGUUCAUGGGCGGCGGCUCCUCGUCGUCGUCCUCCUCGUCGUCGUCGUCGUCGUCCUCCUCCUCGUCCUCCUCCUCGUCCUCCUCAUCCUCCAGCUCGUCGUCCAGCUCGUCGUCGCCCACGCAACAGCAGCAGAUCGCCACGCCCACCACGGCCACCGCCCACUUGGUGGGCGCCCGCAACGUUGGCCUGAAGUUUCACGGCGGCGCCGGUUGUGCGGCCACCGCCUUGAACGGCGGUGCCACCAUCGUGGCCGCUGCUGUGCCGGCUGGCGCCGGACCGGCGAAUGGUUUCCAUCCGACCGACAAGGACCGCAACUACAAUUUCCUGAUGCUCAGUGCUGGGACAACGGCGCAGUGAAUCAAUCAACAAAAUCGAACGAGAAGCAGCAACAACAACAACAACAACAAACACCUACAACAAUAAUGAAAACAACAACAACAAGAACAACAACAACUGAAUUGUGUGCAACGGCUCCCACCUUAUAAAAAAUUAACAACUAGAAGAGGGUUCUCUAAAAAACUCUUUUGUCUUGAAGCAAGCUAACAAAACAUUGCGUAUUUUCACACUCUCGCACACAUUAAACAAAAACAACAACAACAACAACAACAACAGCAGCCAACCAGCAGAAAGAGUUCAAAGCUGUAUUUUUAUGUGAAACAAAUACAAAAGCUAUCGAACAGUUCCGCCCAACACGUAGCAUCGAUUUUGAAAAUCAAACAAAUCAACAAACAACAAAAAACGAAGAGGAAAAUUAUUUUUUAGUAAAUAAUUUUAUAGCGACAAAGCGGGAUAAAAGCUAUCAGCGAACAGCUAACAGCAACAUCAGCAAUAUACAAACACCAACAACAACAACAAACAACAACAACAAACAACAGAAGACCAAUAAAAUUAACGAAACAGCAUCAACAGUGCCAGCAUUCAAGAUCAACAGCUAAAACCAGCCACAUCAAUCAAGAAAAUCGGCAUCACAUCACCACACACACACACACACAGCCCUUCAAAAUGCAUAUAUACCACAUAUAUUAUAUAUCUAAUUGUACUACUUUAUAGUGAAGCCUAGAAAAGAAGAGUAAACACCAAGAAAAUAGCACACUUAAAUGUAAAACAGGAAAAGAAAAACAAAAUCAAAAUGCGCUGUUGUAACAGAAACCACCAAUGGGUAACGCUUUAUAAAUAUAAUGUCUCUAUAUGUAUAGAAACAUAAAAAACCUUUAACGUAGGGGAGGAGGAUAAUGAAUUAGAGAUCUAAAGCAGAAUUUCCCAAAUCGAUGUGGCAAAAAACAAGAACCCGUAUAUGUCCUUUUUUCUUGACCAACAACUUAACGAGGAACAUUUUCUUUUGGAAAUUUUCUUCUCCCUGCAAAACCGCAAAACAAAACAAAUAAGAAAAACACAGAAAAUAAGCAAAAAUCAAAUCAAUAGAAUUACAUUAAAUUAGGGUGUUUGUAUGUGAAGUAUGUGUGUAGUUGCAAACAGAACUUUAACCAAUAGAAAGUAACUAUAUAAGAAAGCAGCUGGCGAGAAAGUGAUGCGUCUGUGUAAUACCCACUUGAAUUAGAUAUUAUUGUAGCAAGCAAACAAAACAUCGUAGCAAAAAUGUGUAAUAGUGCAAUAAGCUAACAAAAGCCACGCCCCUUUCCCCUUCCCCCUAUCCCAUAUAACCCAACCCAAACUUAUAGACAAUUUUCAUUUUGAUCUUGUUCUGGAAAGACACGCAUGUAAGACAUUACCAUAUAAAAAAGUAGUCGUCGCGUAAAACUCAACCCAACCCCCACUUGCAAUUUAAACUCCUGCCUUAAAGUUGUUUAAAGUCAAGUAGAUACAGAUACAGAUACAGAACAGCAAGGCCCCAAAAUUCGAUGUACCCAAACAAAAAGCUUAUACAAAUAUUUAUAUACAAGCAUAGGUAAAGAUAACGAAAAUAGCUUAGAAAUAGAAAACGCGAGUAUCAGUGUAAGGAAGAAAACAGUUACACAAACUGAAUGUUAUAUUUUCGAGCAUUUUUUUCAGAGUGUAUGUGUCGGCAUACAUGGAACAUAUACAUCUAGAAAGGAAGCAAAAGAUUGAUAAAAGUAUUAGCAAAAAUAUCUCUGAACAAUAAUGGCGGGCAGACAGAGAGGGAAGAGCAGGUCGCCUCUUUCUACCCCCUUGAAUAUUUGCAAGUUUUGUACGUCGGGUCAGUGAAUGUAAAACUGUAUAUCAUCUAAAUAUAUUUGUGUGCACGACACGAACUAACAGUAAAGCGAGCAGGACAGAUAGCGUAAAAUUUUCCAUAUAUUUUGUAAAUACUUUAAGGAACUAGUGGCGACUGUCCAGUCUAGAGUUUUUUUUUUCUUCUAAUUUUUCGUCAAGGGGCCUUUUAAUUUUAUUGUUUUACAAUUUUUUUCUACAAAAAGGGACAGAAAAUCAAAAAAUAUUUUCACACCUGAGCGUUUUACACGAAAAGAGAAAAGCAAAGCAAAUAAUCAUAAAAAAUCUAAAUCUAUUAACUAGAAAUAUUUAUGUGUAUGGGACGUCUGUGUAAAUGUGUUUGAAUGUAAAUUGCGUUGAAAGAGAAAAAAUAAUUUAAUAGUUACGCACGCCGUGUUUGUCAGUCGAUUUCUGUUACUAACAUAAAAUAAAAUGUAUAAAAAUAACAAACAAUAUUAAUGAAUUAACCCUUACUGUUAAAUUAGCUUCUAUGUUCUUUAAAUUAUACUUUUCUUUCGGUUAAAUAACUUUAAAACACUUAACAAAUUAUUUUCUUAUUUUUUUAACUUUCAUUUUUAAGUAGGCAAGUAAUAAUCGAUUGAACAUAUUUUUUUUUGUCUAAUUCUAAAAAAACAAACAAGGAAAACAGCAAACAACAAAACGAUUUCAUUUUAGAAAUUUAAGCCGAACUUAACUAAAUCUUAAUGUUUAGAAAACUUUGUUAAUUAAGUUGAAAACAAAUCGGGAGUAUUGCAAAUUAUCAUUAAAUAUACAGACACAAGAAAACAGAUGAAAGGAAAAGCCCCACAAAAAAAAUAUAUUUAUAGAGAAAGCAGACAACAAAAAAAGAUUAAAACAAACAACAAUAAAAAACCUUUAAACAAAAAAUAAAGCGAAAGAAAACCUUUUAGCUGUAAAUGUAACUUGUAAAAUUAAUUUUAAACAAAAUGCUUACAUAAGCAAACAAGCAAAAAAAAAUCAACAAAAUCAGAAAAGUAUGGCAAAAGUAAGAACAGUAAAACAGAAUAUAUAUGAAGAAUUAUAUAUAUAUAUAUAAAUGUAAAUGUGUAAAGAAAACAGAAAAUGCGAAAAAAAAUAAAAAUAAAAAAGGAGA